CUCUGCUUAGCUCGCUCAGGUGACAUGCAGAGGCUAAUUUCUCAGUUCCUCACACACCCUGUGAGCUAAGAAGAGCUUACAAUAAAAAAACAAAACCCUAGAAAGUAUACAUACAUUGCAUACUAAUGAGUUUAUUUCGCUUGUAAAACCCCUAAAUUUUCCACAAUAGAAAGGGGUUUAGGGGUUUUUGGCUUUCUCUCCACCGUGAACUAGAUUCCAUAAAAGCCACUAUUUUGAAUUAAAUGAAGGAGUCGAUGGAUGACAUGGAGGAAGAUAUGGGCACGAGUAGUAAGGGUGAGAAGCUUCCAAAUGAAUUUGAUAUGGAGAUAGAUUUUGAUGGCGAUGAUGAUGAAGAUGAUGGUGAGUUUAUGGACUUAACUAGCUUGGGCGAUUUGGGGGAAGGUUUUCUCGAAGAUUUUUGUAAAAAAGCUGCGACCUUGUUCUUUAAUGAGUAUGGUCUCAUUAGUCACCAGAUCAACUCCUACAAUGACUUCAUCCACAAUGGUCUUCAGAUGGCCUUUGAUUCCUUUGAUGACUUGGUUGUUGAACCUGGAUAUGACCCAUCUAAGAAGGGAGAAAAUGAGUGGCGAUAUGCUUCAGUUAGGUUCGGAAAGGUCACAGUUGAUAGACCAAGUUUUUGGGCUGGUUCCGAUGGUGGUGAACACAAUAUGUUCCCUAGGCAUGCGAGGCUUCAGAAUAUGACGUAUUCAGCCAGGAUGAAAGUGAAUGUUACCGUAGAGGUCUACACCCAGAAAGUUGUUAGCAGUGAUGAGUUUAGAACUGGGAAGGAUCAUUUUGUUGACAAGGUGGUUCUAAGUACUGAUAGUAGGGACAUCAUAAUUGGGAGGAUGCCGGUAAUGGUGAAGUCUGACCUAUGCUGGAUGCAAACUGUUGAAAAAGGUGAUUGUGAUUUUGAUCAUGGAGGUUAUUUUUUGAUCAAGGGGGCAGAGAAGGUUUUAAUUGCACAAGAGCAAAGUUGUUUGAAGAGACUUUGGAUCUCAAAUACUCAGGGAUGGACAGUUGCAUACAAGUCUGAAGUUAAAAGGAAUAGAUUAAUUGUUAGAUUAGAGCCAGUGGGGCCUUCUAAAGAUGAAAACCUUAAAGAAGGAAAGAAAGGCCUUACUGUGUAUUUCUUGUCAACAGAGAUCCCUUUAUGGAUAUUGUUUUUUGCUCUUGGAAUCAAGUCAGACAAAGAAGUUAUAGAUUUGAUUGAUUAUAAUAUGGAGGAUGCCAGUAUUAUGAAUAUCAUUUUUGGCUCUAUCCAUGACGCUGAUGACAAAUGUGAGGGGUUUCGUAAGGAGAGGAAUGCUCUUGAUUAUCUAGUUAAACAAAUACAAGGAACCAAAUUUCCUCCAGGGGAAGAUGAAGAUUGCAUUAGUCUGUAUCUGUUUCCCACUCUCCAUAGCCCUAGGCAAAAGGCCCGGUUUCUAGGUUAUAUGGUGAAGUGUCUUUUACAGGCAUAUAGUGGCAAAAGAAAAUGUGAUAACAGGGACAGUUUUAGAAACAAGAGAUUUGAGUUGGCUGCUGAGUUGCUAGACCGAGAGCUAAAAGUACACAUAGCACAUGCAAGGAGGCGCAUGUCCAAGGUUUUGCAGAAAGACCUAUAUGGAGAUCGUGAUGUUCGCCCAAUUGAACAUUAUCUGGAUGCUUCUAUAGUCACCAAUGGUCUAUCAAGAGCAUUCUCAUCUGGGGCAUGGUCACAUCCAUUUAAGAGGAUGGAGAGGAUAUCUGGUGUUGUGGCAAAUCUGGGGCGUACAAAUCCUUUACAAACAAUGGUUGAUUUGCGGAAAACAAGACAACAGGUUCUGUACACGGGGAAGGUUGGAGGCGCAAGAUAUCCGCACCCUUCUCACUGGGGUAGGGUUUGCUUUCUUUCUACUCCGGAUGGUGAAAAUUGUGGACUUGUAAAAAAUCUGGCUGCUACAGGACUUGUUAGCACAAACAUAUCUGAACCUCUAAUUGAUAUAUUGUUUGAUUGUGGAAUGGAGAAAAUUGUUGAUGAUGCCCACACUAAACUGAAUGGGAAACAUAUAGUAUUUCUGAAUGGGGAAUGGGUAGGAGUUUGUGAAGAUUCCCAUUUGUUUGUUACCGAGCUUAGACGUUUACGGCGGAGGAAGCGGUUGCCUCAACAGGUGGAAAUCAAAAGAGAUGAUCAACAAAGAGAGAUACGCAUAUUUUCUGAUGCUGGAAGGAUUUUACGUCCCCUUUUGGUUGUUGAGAAUUUAACUAAGAUAAAAGCUUUUAAAGGGGGAAAUUACACCUUCCAAUCUCUUUUGGACAAGGGAAUUAUUGAGUUUGUUGGAACUGAAGAGGAAGAAGAUUGCAACACAGCAUGGAGUGUAAAACUUCUUCUAGCAGGAGCUGAUGGCAAGCAACCUGUGCAGUACACACACUGUGAACUUGACAUGUCCUUCUUAUUGGGUUUAAGUUGUGGAAUCAUUCCCUUUGCCAAUCAUGACCAUGCAAGGAGAGUUCUAUACCAGGCUCAAAAGCAUUGUCAGCAGGCUAUAGGUUUUUACACAACAAAUCCCAACAUCAGGGUGGACACCGUGUCGCACCAAUUGCACUAUCCCCAAAGACCACUUUUUCGUACAGUGACUUCUGAUUGUCUUGGAAAAUCUAGACACCAACGAGGUUAUAAUGGAAUGCUGCCAAAACCUGAGUUAUAUAAUGGUCAGAAUGCUAUUGUGGCAGUCAAUGUUCAUCUAGGAUACAAUCAAGAGGACUCCUUGGUAAUGAAUCGCUCUUCUUUAGAGCGAGGCUUGUUUCGAUCUGAACAUAGCAGAAGUUACAAGGCUGAUGUUGAUAAUAAAGAACUAUUAGACAAGUGGCGGAAGUUUGAUGAUACUAUAAAUUUUGGGAAGGUACAGAGUAAAUUUGGACGUGUUGACAGCCUUGAUGAUGAUGGUUUUCCUUUCAUUGGUGCUAAUCUACAGAGUGGUGAUAUCGUUAUUGGAAGGUGUGCUGAAUCUGGAGCUGAUCAUAGUAUAAAAUUGAAGCACACUGAAAGGGGCAUGGUCCAGAAAGUUGUAUUGUCUUCUAAUGAUGAGGGAAAGAAUUUUGCUGUGGUGUCUCUAAGACAGGUUCGUUCUCCAUCUCUUGGAGAUAAGUUUUCUAGCAUGCAUGGACAAAAGGGUGUUCUAGGCUUUUUGGAGUCUCAAGAGAACUUCCCUUUCACCAGACAGGGAAUAGUUCCUGAUAUUGUUAUAAACCCACAUGCAUUUCCUUCAAGACAAACUCCUGGUCAACUCUUAGAGGCUGCUUUGGGGAAGGGGAUUGCCUGCGGGGGCUCAAUGAGAUAUGCCACCCCGUUCUCCACACUCUCAGUUGAAGCAAUCACAAACCAGCUUCACAGAGCUGGAUUUUCAAGAUGGGGAAAUGAGAAAGUUUGUGAUGGUCGAACCGGUGAAAUGGUUCAUUCUCUCAUAUUUAUGGGUCCAACUUUCUAUCAGCGGUUGAUCCACAUGGCUGAAGACAAGGUAAAGUUCCGUAACACUGGGCCUGUUCACCCACUUACUAGACAGCCAGUUGCAGACCGUAAACGUUUUGGUGGUAUCAAGUUUGGUGAGAUGGAGAGGGACUGUCUUAUAGCUCAUGGUGCAUCUGGUAAUCUGCAUGAGCGCCUUUUCACUCUCAGUGAUUCUUCACAGAUGCAUGUUUGCCAGAGUUGCAAAAAUGUAGCAAACGUGAUUCAACGGGGAGUGCGUGGUGGCCACAAGAUUAGGGGUCCCUACUGCAGAAUCUGUGAGUCUGCUGAUGACAUAGUAAAGGUGAAUGUACCUUACGGAGCCAAGUUAUUGUACCAAGAGCUCUUCAGCAUGGGUAUUAAUCUGAAGUUUGAAACUCAAUUAUGUUGAGCUUCUAAAUGGGUUUCUUUUGUACAUUUUCAUGACUUAUGUUAACUGUACUUCACAGUGUUAUGAUGAGUAUUAUUUACGUCUA